AUGAGUACGGUGUUACACAAAGCCAUCUUGAACGAGCGUCUACAUCAAACGCGACUGUUGGUGUCAUUAGGUGCGAACAUAGAGAAAAGAGACCGAGAUGGAAGGACCCCUCUCAUGCUCUGCACUGUCAUCAACAACCAGGAAUACGCGUUUAAAAUGUUUAUGAUUCUUUUACGUGCCGGUGCCUAUACCAACGUCAGAGACAACCAUGGACGAAGUGUUCUGAACUACGCCUGCCUUUACGGAAGGGUCCGAAUGUUGAAGCGGUUACUUAAAGAGGAGAUACUAGAACUAAACUUCACCGAUGAAAACGGUGACACGCCGCUUAAUCAUGCAGCUAUAAGUGGACAACUGGAAAUUGUUAAAAUUCUUGUGGAAGAACUGACCCGAUUCGGCAUGCCUGUUGAUAUGCGAAACAAACAAGGCUACACCGCUCUUCUGCUGGCUACGAAACACGGUAAUUACGAAUGUGCACGAGUCUUGUUAAACGAAGGAAAUGCUUCGCUCAGUUCUCGCGACAACGAGUGCUUCAUGAACGCCGGCGAAUGGGCCAAAUACAGUCACGAACAACUCACCGAAAAGAUGAGAAAUCGGGACGGAAUGCGUUUAUAUCCCCGAUCCAGAUCAGCAUGGGAAUGCACGGUGACUCCAUUGAUGCACAGUUCCCCGCAAAGUUCACCGCGCACUGCCCGGGAUUUUGACAGUGCUUCUUUGCCGCCGAUCAGUUUAUGCUCGUCGCCUAAACCGAGCGGUGGGUUGACCGAAUUACGGCGCCAACAGACUUCGCUCAGCAUGUUAAUGGGGAGUUUAGAAGAGCGACAACGCAAUGGCCUCAUUAGCCGCGGAGUCAGCCGUCGAAAUUUCCGACCGCCGUCGUCAACGACAAACAGCUCUAUACCGACGCACGUACUUAUGGGUUCUAGAUAUAUGACCAAAGGUGAAAAGGGACACACAAUGGCAGACGAUUUAAGAAAACUGUUCAAUCUAUACCAACAGGAACUGUGCUAUCGAUCAGUGUCAACUCCCCCCGAUGUCAACAGAACACCUAUUUUGUUUCAAGUGCCUUCAGUAGUAGAGAACUCGCGACCCCCUGUACAAGUACCGGCGUUACAAGAAAUGUAA